CAUUCGACAAAAAAAAACAUAUUGCUGACUUUUUUUUGAUUUAAUUUAAAUCUUGAUAUUAUUAUUUCGAAAUUGUUUUCUUUUCGGGUACUGUUUAUUUAUGUUAACAUUUGACAAUGGAUAAUUUACGUAAAAUUUAUGAUCAAAGUGUUGAAACGACUCGUUCAUUAUAUGAACGUUGUAGAGCGUUUGCCAUCAGAACAUUUACAAAAGAUGAAAAUUCAAUGAAAUCUUCGACCGUACAUCCGGUAAAUACAAAUCCACUGUCAUCAUCAUCAUCACCAACAGCCGUUCAAACACAACAACCAACACCCGUACAUAAAGUUAUUAUGGUUGGAUCCGGUGGUGUCGGUAAAUCAGCAUUAACAUUACAAUUUAUGUAUGAUGAGUUUGUUGAAGAUUAUGAACCAACAAAAGCAGAUUCAUAUAGAAAAAAAGUACAAUUAGAUGAUGAUGAGGUGCAUAUUGAUAUAUUGGAUACAGCCGGUCAAGAAGAUUAUGCUGCCAUAAGGGAUAAUUAUUUUCGUUCGGGUGAAGGUUUUCUUUGUGUAUUUUCCGUAUCAGAAAUAGAAAGCUUUGAUGCUAUACACGAAUUUCGUGAACAAAUCUUGCGGGUUAAAAAUGAUGAUAAAGUACCAUUCAUUUUGGUGGCCAAUAAAUUCGAUCUCGAUCAAAAUCAACAUCGUGUUAGUAUGAACAAAGCACAAGAACUGGCCAAUUCAUGGAAUGUCCCAUUAUAUCAGACAUCAGCCAAAACCAAUUUCAAUGUGAAAGAGGUAUUUUUCGCAUUGCUUAGAGAAAUUCAUCAACGAAAAUUGGCUGGAAUAGAAAUGGCUAAAAGUGGCAACAACAUCGUACAGGAAGAACGAUCAACAUGUUGUUUAUGUUUUUAAAAUUCAAAAUUGUUGAUCAUAUUCG